AUGCCAGCAAAGCAUGUUUCUGCCAGAAGAAAAAAUCUUCACAUAUUGGCAGGAAUUGUCGCCGAGGGAACAGUUAUUACGGACACUCGAAAGCAAAAAUUUUUUGUAGAAAGAGAAUUUGCUCGAGGUGGUUUCGGUCGUAUUUAUUCGGCACACCAGAUAAAUGGACAUAAAUAUAGCAAAAAAGAAAGUCUUGUGAUUAAAGUGGAGCCUUGUGCGAAUGGACCACUUUUCACAGAAAUCACUGUUUUCCAACGAAUUUUGAAGAUGGAAAUGCUACAGGAAUGGAUACAGAAGAAAAAAUUAGAUCAUCUCGGAUUACCACCAUUUAUAAGCAGUGGUAUUUUUGAACAUAAUAAAGAAUCUUUGCGUUUUUUGAUUAUGCCGAAAUACGGUGAAUCUCUUGAAAGCUUUCGUAAAAGAUCGGGUGGAAAACUUGAGAAAAAAUUGGCGUUAAAGAUCGCUAUACAAUGCGCUAAUUGCCUCAGUUAUAUGCAAGAACAGAAUUAUGUUCAUUCUGAUAUUAAAGCUGAUAAUAUUCUUUGUGGCUCAUCAAAGAAUUUUGCUAACUGUGUCUUGGUUGAUUUUGGAUUGGCUAAAAUGGCAAAAAAUAAUAUUGAUAAACCAGAUAAAAAAAAAGCUCACAAUGGAACAUUGCUUUUUACUUCAAUUGAUGCUCAUCGAGGUUGUGAUCCAUCGUUCCGUGCUGAUUUAGAAAUUCUUUUGUAUAAUCUCAUGUAUUGGAUUACUGGUUCAUUGCCAUGGACGGAUAGCUUACACAGCUCUGAUGAGGUUCUAUUUAAUGUUUUCUUCUUUUAA